GAGGCGGAGGGUGGCGGUGCGAAACUUAAAACAAACGUGCCGGCUCCCUCAGCACGCAUUCCCACUGUGACAGCCGGUCCGUCCGUGCGUACCGCAACAGCGUACAACUUACGUACGUUAGUUCGUGUCUAGUGACAGUGAAGAUGGUUUUAACUGAUUUUUUGACGGAGACCAGGAGGCGGUGGCUAAACGCCUUUAAACUAUUCAAAAGAAAUAAGAACCGCAAGACUCCGCGCAAUCGCAUAUCGCCCGCGCUCAUGCGCUCACCUUCGUACAGCGGGACGGUCGACGCGCGCUCGGAAAUCGAUCUCCAACGUUUCUGCGCUUGCAGAGCUUCGCUACCGCCGCUGAGAAUUGCGAACAACGAUUCAUACGAGAACACUUCGUAUUACAGCAGCUACAAUAGUUACAGCUCAAGGAACGAAAGUUUAGAGAACUAUAACGAGUCCAAUUUCGACGGAGCAAGGUCGGAUUCCGCUUACGACUCGGCUAGAAGCAGCCCAGCCCAUGUUAGGGCGCCUGUUUGUUAUGCUACCGUCACAUAUUUUAAUGUUAACGACAGUGAAGACAGUAGUAGCAUCCGUACAGAAUUCACUCUCCUUGAUUAUGAAGUGGAAACGGAAAGAGACAGUGAUAAGGGUGACGACGGUGAUGAUGAGAGAACGCAGAAUAUCAUUAACGAGAACAUCGAAUUAGUUAGUUCGUUAUGAACUGAAGAUUAAAGACUUGUGUGUAAAUUAAAAAUAGGAUUGUGUCUGUGAGUGCUGCUAGAUGUUGUACUGAUUUUGUGAAAUUAUACGUAACUGGCAAAUCCCUCUUUAUGUGGGAUAUUCAACAGUGGACAGCUAACGAUUGGUAUAAUGACGGUAAUAACCCGGCAUAGAAAAGGCCAUCCCUUCCUUUUCCAUGAGUGUCGUAAGAGGCGAUUAAGGGAGGGCGAGAGAUAGGUAGUUGGUCUUAAAACAUCUCUAAAGCCUAACUGCGGUCGCCAAUCCACAAGGGUGCAACUAUUGGCAAAACCCCCAAGGAGGAGACUUAUGUUCAGCAGUGGACAGUUAAAGGCUGAUAUGAUGACGAUGACGAUAAUAUGUAACUUAAUACUAAAUAUGAUAAAAAAAAUCUGAUUAUGGAAGUUAAAGUACAAUACAAUAUCCUAAGACCAACAAAUAGUAAAUUUUCAUUCUAAUUUAUGCGGAUAAAGUUGCUGGUAACAGCAUAUCAAUGACAGCUUUAUCGAUUCAGUUGAUAAUCUAGUGUAAAAGAGUCCAGUAUCGAAAGUCCAUUGAUUGUAGUGUGCAAACACCAUAUCAGAUGGUGUAGUUUCACCAGUUAUCGUCCAGAAACAUGUUAUAGAUAAUAUUGAUGUUAUCUUUUUAAUGGCGGUAACAAAUUAUAAUGUAAAAGCUCAUAAACAGGAUAAUACAGAUUUGCUAAAAAUUUAUGCCCAAUAUUACCAAAAUAAUAGUAUGUUAAAACUUGUUAUUAAAUAGAAUUAAUUCUUAGAUCAAUAACAUUGAAAUCUGUAGUGUUUCUCUACAAAUACUUCAAAGAAAUACAGUUUAGUUUUUUUUUUUUCAAAAUAGGACACUCUUAAAAUUAUAUAGAUCUUGUAACUGGCGUGCGUGGCGAGGCGUGGUAUUUACUGAUAUUUCCUACAGUUAUAGUCCUUUGGCCAUAAUAACCCGAGAUAGAACAUUAAAAUAGUCAGGUUGAAAAAAUUAUCAAAUUUAAUCUAGUUUCUUUUUUAUUUAUAAAGAAAAUAAACAGAAUAUGUAGAAUUAUAGUACUAAAAAUAACAGCAUUAAAAUAUUUUUCCUUGACGGUACAAUCAGGAAGUGUUUAAGGUAAUGUUUUAUUAUACACAUAGUUAUUUAUAAAUUCGUAUGAAAUUUUCACGGUCAUUUAGAUAAUUCAGUGUUGAAAAAUCGUUAUUGACUUGUGAUAAUGAUGAACGACAGUUGAUGCAUUCUUGCAUCCGUUUCUAAUUAGAACAGAGGGUCUACCAUGACAUGUUCUCCGAAAUUUCGGGGCCGAACGAAACACAAAUUCGAUGUUAAAACUACAACUACUUUGGAUUUUUAUGGUAGGAUUUGUGACUAACAAAAUAUUUAUUUAUUUACACUUUAUUGCACCAAAAAAAAAAAAAAUACAGUAAAUUAUAAUGAGAGGUACAAAAGGCGGCUUUAUCACCAAGCAAUCUCUACUACGAUAUGUAUAUACAAUAUUGAGUUCCACUUACUGGUCCGAUUUCGGUAUGAACGAAAAUGCGAAAUUGAUUCCGAAAAUCCGGAAUUUCAUUUCAUGGUAGACCUUCAGGUAUUGGCGAUAUUUAGCAGCACUUUCAAAUGUACAGAUUACCAAAGUAAAUGUGAUAUUCUAAGUGUAUUUAUAUUUAGUUGUUUACUUCUGUUGAUCUCAAGUGUGUAAAUUCUAUUAGCGGUAAGGAUUUGAACAUUCUGUCCGCGUUCCUUUUGUAUCGGGUUAUCUGAAUUACAAGUUGGUACAAUUAUGCUUCAAUGUGGUACAAUCAAUUUUUGUAUGUAAUUUAAAAAUCUGGUAUGUACUCUAUGUAUUUUGAAUUGUUGUCUAUGUUGACAUUUUAAGUUAAGAAUGCCAUUUUACAAUUUUAUAAGAAGUCUAGUUUAUUUAGUCUAUUAUUUAGUUUACAUAGUAAUUUUAUAAAUAAGGGGAACUAAAGCUUAGCUCACAUACAGCUUAUUAUUAUUUAUAUUACUGUGAGGGAAACUAACUUUGGGGAAUUUUAUCCCAUUGUCUCUCUUAUACUUCUGUUUAUUGUACCUAAUAUUAAAUAUCGUAAAAAAUAAAAUAUAUAAAAAAAUCUGUAUAUUUGCCCAUAUAUACGGGUAAAAGACAGAUUUAUAUAUGACACGACGACAGAAGGAUAGAAGGAGAAUAUAUAUAUAUAUAUAUAUAUAUAUAUAUAUAUAUAUAUAUAUAUAUAUAUAUACUAUCUAUGAUUUAUUUAAGAAAGCACCCAAGUAAUUAUUUAUUUUUAAAAAGAAGUUACUGUGUGGGCCGCAUACUUCUUCGAUUAAAUUAUUUCUUUCUUUCUUUCAAGUAUGUUUUUGCCAAUUAGCGAUAAAUUUUUGCAAUCCAAAGAUAGAGUAUGGGUACUCUUCCACUACAGUACAUGGAUAGUAAAAAUCUCAUAUUGAUUUUAUACUUAUUUUAUUAUAGUUCAUGUUAAUUAUUUUUUGUGUAUUUGAUUUUAGAAUCCCUUUUAUAAGUAAUGAACUUUCUCUUUUCGUGUUCUCGAGGUUGACUGGAAGAAAUUCUUUUAAGGGAUAAGUUCACAUGUGUACAGUUUGGUAUAUAAUAAAUAAACUUUUCGAAAUUAUUUCGGACUCACAAACCGGAUUACUCAGAUACUUUGGGAGUUCUGGGUUGUUCUCCAGAUGUUCGUUGGUUGGUUAAUCGUAUAACACAGGGUUAUCUUAGCUUAAGGAUCAUGAAAUUGUCAUGAUUUUGUGGCACAUAUCGUCAUAGUCGUAGAAUACUGACGGAUCUGUCAAAGAUUACAUAUAUAGAUACGUCAGUAUUCUACGACUAUGACGAUAUUUGUGUUUUGAGAUACAUAUUAUCAAUAUUAAUCCAAUCUUAUUGUAUUGUAUUUUAUAUUAUUUUGUAAAUAAUUAUAUUAUAUAGCCAUUAUAAAUCGAACAUAUUUAAGUAUAUAUCUAGUAAAUAUUUCUAGAAUUACGAGCAGAAACGCGGAAAGACCAAACAGGAUGCGGAACAAAUAAUUUUCAUUUAAUCUACUUUAUUUGGCCAGCAUUAUAAUUAGUUUUUCGUACAAUUAUAUUUUUACAAUAAGUAAUGAUAAGUUAGUGUAAUAAAAAAUAUAAAGUUGUCAAUUUUA